AUGGGUGAAACAGCAAUGACGUCAUCAGCUCAUUCGCCGAAUUCAGUUUUGGAGCGAUAGUAAGUGAUUUGUGGGGGUUUUAAGGGAAAAUGUGUGAAAAUCGAUAUUUUCAGCACAAUUUCGCGACAAAAUUCGUCAAUCGGGUUUGAGAUCGGAAAUAAUGUUGUUUUGCACAUGGCAUCGCAUGAUGAGGAUGAAAGUGUGAGAGAAAGAGACUCGUCGAAUGUUCAUACCAAAAUUAUUAUGAAUCAUAAUUGUGAUGUGAGGAUUUUGAGGGGAAAGGGGUGUAGAAAUGUUGAAAAUAACGAAUUUUCAGUGAAAAUUAUUGAUUUUCAAUGAAAAUAAGCAAAUUUUCAAUCAAAAACUCGGGAAUUACUCUAAAAAUCCAAUUUUAACCCAAAAUGACCAUAUUUUCACCGAAAAAUCUCGAAUUUUGCAGGUCCGUCAAAUCGCUGGUCGAAUCCUGACCACUCACAAAAAAUCUCAUCGGUUUUCGGUCGAUUUCUGA